CUUCCACGUGAACUUUUUACCUGGGUAUAUCCGUUGCAGACUGCAGAACUAAAAGAUGCUGUUUACGAAUGCGGAUGGUUAUCAAUGCCAAAUAUAAAAUUUAGGAAAUCACUCUGCAUUAUAAUGUCACACCUACAAGUUCCUUUAACAAUAUGUGUUGGAAAAUUCUUUUUCUUAUCCGUCAACACUUUUUUCACAAUUAUAAAAUCGUCUUAUUCAUUUUACAUUGUUUUGAAACAAGUCAACGCCCAAAAAGAAUAAAUAAUAAGAAUUACUAAUGUAGACUGUAAUCAGCUAGAUUUAGAGGAAGGUGGGGUAAUGGAAGAGCGUGGAUAAUAGGAGCUUUUAAAUAUCUAGUAGAUUUUGAAUUUCGCGGAAAAACUCGGAAAGCUUCGACAAUCUUCCUGUAUGUCAUACGAAGACAAACGGUCAUAUUUCUGACAGAUUUGUAGAAACUACAAGGAAAAAUCAAGU